AUGUGCCACUUUCAGGUCUCCUCACACUGCUGGUGGGUUCCAUUUUGUCAUAGGGUGCUGGCAGAUUACGGGCCUCCCAUUGCUGCUGCCAGGCCCGUAAUCUGCCAUGGGCCCCCGUACCGCCUCCUCAUGCUGCUGCCAGGUCCAGAGUGUCUCAUGGGUCCCUGUACGGCCUCCCAUUGCUGCUGUCUCCAUCGCCACACUCUGCCAUGUGCCACUUUCAGGUCUCCUCACACUGCUGGUGGGUUCCAUUUUGUCAUAGGGUGCUGUAUGGCCUCCCAUUGCUGCUGCCUCCACCGCCACACUGUGGCUCCACACUCUGGUUUUGGCCCCGUGACUGCCCAAAUGAGUGAAGUGUGCGGUGAUUCUAAGAUCGACGGCACUCAUCUGCAUGUCAUACUG